AUGAAAAGAGUCAGUAUAUUCCAAUUAGCAUCAUCUGCUUUGUUUAAAGGUGAUACACACAAGAGUUUAGAGGUACUAUCAUCGAAAGUACAUCAACCAAAUACACCUAUAUAUCAAUUACCACAACAACCAGCUGCACCACAACAACUAGCAACACCACAACAAGAUAGCAAAACUAGUGGUGAGAGUAAUAAUAAUGAAUUUGAUCAUGUUUGUAAUACCUGUAUAAUGAGAUUUAAUGAUCGUGAGUUGAGAAAUCAACAUUACAGAUCGGCACUACACAGAUACAAUAUAAAGUUAAAGUUGGCUUCGAUGACUCCAGUGACAUCCGAGGAGUUCUCAGCGAUGAUGGAGGCAGCCGCUGCACAGGCUGCAGACAGUAGCUCUGACGACAGUUCAGACUAUGACAGUUCCGAUGACGACAACACCAACGACAGCGUCGGAGACGAGGAGAAGUUGCUCAAGAGAAUUGCACGUGAUGUCGAUAAGAUCGAUAUUUCCGAUCCAACAAUGCAGAACUACCUAUUCACAAGCGCAAACGAUGCAUACACUCCAAAGCUGUCGUUCAUUCACAAGGAGCUAAAGUUGGAAUUCACCAUCUGGCGUGCCAUUCUACAGGAUAGUACUACUCACCAAGAGGACGUACAACUCGCUCAAUUCAAAGCGAUCUGUACAGAGACCACUGGAAAGUGGGCUAUUCUUUUGUGUUCCGGUGGUAGGUUCAGUGGUGCUGUCUACCAGUUGGUCGCUGGCGGCCAAGCACCCAAAGCGAUCGAGCACAAGACACUCCACCGAUACACGGUGCGUAAGGGACAGGGUGGUAGUCAGGCCAAGAAGGAUCAGGAGGGUGGAGUUGCAGGAUCGGCAGGAUCGUUCUUGCGUCGUUACAACGAGAAGCGUCUACGUGAAGAAGUGAUUGGCAUUAUGCGUGGUUGGAAUGCACAUCUCAAAGAGUGCAAAAAGAUCUAUAUCUUUGCGCCAAAAGGAAAUACUCGUGAUAUUUUGCUGCCGCCCGAUAACAGCGGUCCAAUACCAACAAACGACCCACGUAUUCAAGUCGUUCCAUUCCCAAUUAUCAGACCAACGUUUGCCGAGAAUCAGCGUGUAUCAAACUGGCUGUACUCUGUUGAUAUCGGAUUGUUUGAAGAGGUACCACUGACACCAAUUACACCACAACAAGAAUCACAGGACACCAUCACCACCACCACUACAACAACCGCAGAGCCAGAGAAACCAGUGGAACCAACCGAGGUGGUUCAUAGUGAAUAUGAAAAAGAUCCAUUGUUUGAAGCAACAAGAAACAAGGAUUUGGAUAAAGUUAUACAUUUAUUGGAGGAAGACGAUCAAUAUGAAUUACCAAUACCAACUCAAUCAGAUUCAUUAAUGACACCAUUAUUUAUUGCAGUUCAAAAAAAAGAUUUUAAAAUGGUAGAAUAUUUAGUAAGAGCAUUACCAGAUGAUAUUGAUGUUUGCAUUCCAAGUUGGCAUUUUAGAACUGCAUUACACAGAGCUGCUGCAGAUGGUAGUUUGGAGAUUGUCAAGCUGUUGAUGGAUAAUGGUGCCGAUCCAACCGUUGAGGGUUUCAGAAAGGAAACUGUCUAUGAGGUGGCAUCCAAUCAGGCUAGAGAUUUGCUCAGAGAGUGGGCAGGAGAUCAUCUCGACGAAUGGGAUUAUUUAAAAGCAAGAAUACCACCACUGACCAAAGAGAUGUUGGUCGAGCGUGAGGAAAACAAAAAGAAAAAGAAAAAGAAUCAGAAAGAGAAGGAGAAGGCAAAGAAAGCCGCAGAGAGACAAGCGAAGCUCGAUGAGCAACAGCGUGCUGUCGAGGAAGAGAAGGCAAAGCAAGCCAAACUGGCGGAACUCAAGCUGCUAGAGUCGGUCAAGGCCGAACGACAGGCAAAAGACUCAUUGCUAACCGAUAGAGAGCGUCGUGCACUUGCUGCUGAGGCCAGACUGGGUGGAUACAGCGGUCCAGUCAAAAAAUGUACACAAUGUUUCACCAACAUACUAUCGACUCCAUUUGAAAGACUUUCGUUCACCUAUUGCUCAACUGCGUGUGUAUUGGCACAUAAGAAACAGUUGGAAUCAACUUUAGAUAAACCAAUUAAAAAAUAA